AAACAAAAUUGCUGGUCGUGCUUAGGUGCCUUGCCAACCCUCCCCACUUCAAAUUUCAUCAUCACUCAUCAGUCUUCAUUUCUUCAAUCCCUCCAUCUAUAAAUAGAACGACAAACCUCCCCACUUCCAUGGCUGAAAUCUAGAAAUAUCACAAACCAGAGAAAGAGAGAAGAACCUCAUACAGUCAUACACUCUGCCAAGAUGCCUUGCGUCCAGAUCUCCACCAACGUUUGCCUCGACGGCGUUGACACCGAUCCGAUCUUCUCCGAAGCCACCAAAGCCGUCGCUGAAAUCAUCGGCCGCCCUGAGAAAUUUGUGAUGGUAAUAUUAAAAGGGUCAGUGGACAUAUCUUUUGAAAGGAACAAAGAGCCAGCAGCAUUUGCGGAAAUAACAGCAAUGGGAGGAAUUACUUCUGAAGUAAAAAAGAAAUUAAUAUUUCAAUUAGGAACAAUUUUACUAGAAAAAUUGGCAAUUCCAAGAACAAGAUUAUUUGUGAAGGUUUUUGAUACUACAAUGGCUACUAAAUAUGCCAGACUCUAGUUGUUAUUUGUAUGUGAAAUGAUCAAAUUUGGUGUAAUUUAUGAUUUUUAUUGUAUAAGUUAUAAAACUAUAAUAUAAAUUAUGUUCGAUUUGACCA